AUGCCUCCAAAAUCGGGAAAAUCGCAGGUUAGCAACCCAGAAGCUAGCAAGUCAGGCACACCUAAGGCUAAUAGCCCCGCACCAGAGGCUAACACUGCUACCAUCGAUGCUAACAUGCUUCAGGCUUUCCGGGACAUCGUAAAAGAAGUAAUUAGAGAAGAAAACGAUGGUUUAAGGGAAGAAAUAAGCCGAGCAAUUGCGCCAAUUCAUAAAGUGCUUGAUGACUGUACAGAUAAGCUCCGUGACCACGGCCAAGAACUCUUUGAGCUUGAUACUCGGGUGACAGCUACAGAGGCUAACUACACUGAGCUGAGCAACAAGUAUGACAAACUUGUUCAAAAGUUGGAUGACAUCGAAAAUAGGGGCAGGCGGUGCAAUCUACGCCUUUUAAACAUCAACGAGGGGCUUGAACAAGGAGAUCCAACGAAGUUUGUUGCGGACUUAUUACACGAAGUUCUCGGUGGUCCUAAUGGCCUGGAGAAACCUCCAAUUUUGGAUAGAGCCCACAGGACAUCAGCUCAACCCUCCGCGGCUGGAGGAAGACCACGACCACUCAUCGUCCGCUUUCACUACUACCAAGAGAAGGAGCGCAUUCAGCGUCUUGCAAGAGAGAAAGGCCGACUGGAGUUCCGUGGAAAUCCGCUCCUCAUCUUCCCGGAUUUCAGUGCUGAACUGAACAGACGCCGUUCAGCUUUUAACGAGGUGAAAGCGCUGCUCCGGGGGAAGGAUCGAGUUCGUUAUGGUCUGCUCUAUCCAGCUCGGCUGCGAGUGUCCUGGGACGGGGAAACGAAAGUAUUUGACAACCCCAAGAGUGUGAAAGAUUACAUUGACUCAAAAGUUUAG